GGUGGCGGUGGUGGUGGCGGCGGCGGCAGUGGUAGCGGUGGCUCGGCGGCGGCGCGAGGUGGGGACGACAUAACACGAGGUCCCGUCGUCCGCGUGCGGAAUAUUUCAGUUGUGCCGAGAUCGGUGACGCGGUUUGUCGCGUUUUUGGUUCACCUUUUUUUUUCCUCCACUUCUCUGGCGCGACCGCUACCACUCGCCCCCCAACCACUACCGCCCGACGACCCAUCCGACGCGUCGAGCGCUGCACAUAGUGUGUGUACAACAGUCGCGCCGGCUCGGCUACCGUCGGCCGCACCGCCACCACCGUCGCCGAUCGCGCCUGCCAAGCUCGAUCCCGCGCGUGGGACGUCGUUUUUCCGACCGCGUUUUCCGUUUUUUGUAUUUUUUCGUUUCGGUUUUUUUUUUUCGGUUUUUAAUUUUUCGUCACUCCGACCACUUAUCGGUGACGAGUCCGUCGUGCAACGUUUUCCGCUAACAGUGAUCACGUCACCAGCCUACCGACGACUGCUGCAGACAUCAUGGACAUCGAUGCGGUGUACCAGAAGUACGUGGCGUGCAUUCUCGAGGACGUGCGGGCCAUCCACGGCAAGGAGAUGGUGGCCACGGGCAGCCCGUCCGUGUUCUGUUCGGUGUUGCCCGGCCACUGGAGGUCCAACAAAUCGCUGCCCAUACCGUUCAAGGUGGUCGUGCUGGACGAAGUUCCCGACGGCGCGGUCGUCGUCGUGCAAGCCGGCAACGACGAGAAUCCGUCGGCCGACAUGCGAAACUACCGAGCCCUGUCGGCCACCGGCAUCGCCGUCUUCAACGACCUCCGAUUCGUCGGCCGCAGUGGAAGAGGUAAGCUGUUAACACUCACCAUCACAGUUCAAUGCAAGGACCAAGCAGUGUUAGUAGCCAACUACGUAAAGGCCAUUAAAAUCACUGUCGACGGACCAAGGCUCCCUCGGUCGAACCACAGAGACGUGAUCCACGGUUACGGUGGCAUGUUCCCAAUGCAUGGUCCCCUGCCGCCUUACGGAAUGAUCAUGGAGUACAAACGAUUGCUGGAGGGAGCAGCGUUACCGGGGUCGCUCAACUACCAGUACAUAGCGGCCAAUUACUUCCAACUUCACAACGCCAUGGAAGCGUCGCAGAUGUAUUGCGACUUGCCGCCCCAGUCGGCGUUCAACUUCGCCGGCUACAACGGCCUGCACGGUCUGCCGCCCACGCCGCCUCACACCGAGGAAGAACCGACGGCGGCCACACCGUCAGCGCAAGACGACUGCGGCGUUCCGUCGAAGCGACAGCGACAGGCCGCCGAGUCGGCCCGCGCUGUGGCCACUGCGACGGCGGCCGCUACCGCCACCACCACCGGCCCGGACGACCGACUCCGGCCGGAGCCGUGCAAGCGGCCGAAGCGCGAGUCCGCCCCCAGCCCGGACAUCGACAUCGUCAGCGUGGGCGUCGUCCGAUCGUCCAGCCCGGAAGUGCAGCUCAAACCCCGCCAGGAGAAGAUCUGGAGACCUUACGGCGCCACCGACGAAUAGCGACCGACACACGACCCUGUAAAUAAUAUCGUCAUAGAUAAUAAUAUUAUUGUCAUAUAUUAUUAUAUUAACGCGAUGAUUAUGUGUAAGGAAUCGGUUUUUUCUUCCCGUCUGUUUUUACUGAAUAUUAACGUUUCUUGACGAUGUAUAUUAUGAUAUAUUAUUAUUAUUGUACAUGCAUAUGUAUAGACAAUCAACCAAGCAUUUAGGUUAUAUGAUUCAAUGUUGUGAUAUUAGCGUUUAGGUUUAUAAAUUAUUAUUAUUAUUAUUAUUAUUGUAUUAAUAUUUACGUCUAAAAAUGAUUUUUUAUCACUACCCGGGGCCUUUUUUUUAUUGUAAUCUAUAUACGUUGCAUAUGUGUAGAAGUUGUAUAAAACCAAAGCAUACUAUUAUGUUUGCCCCUUCCGGAUAAGAAAAAAAUGACAAAAACGUUUUUUAUUCGACGUUUUACGACGUGCGCGUACGUCGCUUAUAAAAUCGUGGUCCGUUUUUGUGAUAAAUAUAUUAUAUUAUUAUAUAU